AUGGCGAGUAAAUGUAAAAAGUGCGUAAAAGUUACUAAAGACGGUGUGCAAUGUGUGCAAUGUUUUCAAUGUGAAAAUAUUUUUCAUGCAAAAUGUGUUGGAGUAAAUGAUGAGGUUGUUGAGGUAACACGUACUUUGUUGAAUUUCAAAUGGUACUGUGAUAUUUGUUUGAAGACGGUAUCCAACAUUAGAUUAUCGACAAAGACAGUAAAUGAUAAUAACAAUGAAAUCAAGUUGAAGGUGGAUCAAAUUAAUGCUGCGAAUAUUUCGUUAAAACAUGAACUGGACAUAAUCAAAAAUAUGAUUAAAGAUAAUGAUUCAAAAUUAGAAAAGCUUGAUGAACCAGGUUCCAAGUUAAGUGUUGAAAUUGAUCAUUUUAAAAGUGAAUUGCAAAAAACAUGGGCAAGUGUUGUUGGCCAGGAGGUUAAAAAAGCUAAAGAGUUGGUGAUGAAGAGUUCAUACAAACUCAAGCAAAUGUCUGAAGAACUUAGUAAGGUAUGGAUUGCCAAUGAUCUGACUGCUGAACAGAGGAGUGAAUUGAAAAGUUUGAUUGCUAAUGUAAAGUCAAGAGAAGCUGCAUGUACGGGAGGUUUUUUAUACAGGGUCAGAGGACCUGUGGGAAAGUGGCGGAUCGUGAGUUUCAAAAAAUUACCUGUGUUAAAGACUUUUGAGGCAUUAGCCAUUAAAUUAAAAAUAAAUGGAACUCAUAUUGUUUUAUUGGCUGUUUAUAGACCAGGAUCGGCUUUAAUUUCAUCUCUAUUCUUUCAGGAGCUUGUUGCUGUUUUAGAGAUAAUAUCCUUGCUUAGUAACAAUGUUGUCUUAGCUGGUGAUUUUAAUGUGCAUGUAGAGAAACACAUGGAUCCUCACAGUGUGUCAUUAUGUGAGAUUUUUGGUAAUUUUAAUCUUGUUAAUAGAAUAAAUGAACCAACGCAUGAAUUAGAAGGUGUGUUUGACCUGAUUAUCACUUCUAUGUCUUUUCCAGUUUUCGAUAUUCGAGUUCUGCCUCCGGGAGUUUUCUCUGAUCAUGGUUUGGUUCAGGCAUGUUUAUCAAUUGAUCAAGUUAUAAGAAUGAAAAAAAAAGGAUGGUUCGAUCUUGGAAAAACAUGA